AUGAAGCUCUCAAAUCCAGGCACGGUCACCGUGUAUACUAUAUCGGGCUCCAACACGGCGCGACAGUUACCGGAAUGGCUUGCCCGUCGCAGAAAACGAAGCUUGAAGAACGAUGCCGAGUACCAAAGCCGGGUCGAGUUGCUGCAGGAUUUCGAAUUUGAGGAGGCUAGUUCUUGUAUUCGCAUCAGUGAAGAUGGAGACUGGGUGAUGAGCACCGGUACAUAUAAACCUCAAAUUCACGUUCACAACCUGCCGCAGCUUGGUCUUUCUUUCGCUCGCCACACCAACUCCCUCAACCACAGCUUCGUCCUUCUUUCAACCGACUAUUCCAAAUCUCUGCACCUGCAGACCGAUCGCAGAAUAGAAUUUCACACGCCCAUGGGCUGCCACUACGAAGUCCGCUUGCCCCGAUACGGCCGAGAUAUCAAAUACGAUCGAAACGCUGCCGAAGCGCUCAUCCCUGCCGUCGGCAUUGAUGCUGACGGCAAGGGCGAAGUCUUCCGCAUGAACCUGGAGGCGGGUCGUUUUAUGAAAUCAUACCAAAUUGAGGUCGGUGGUGAUGAUGAGCUUACCGGCGGUGGCCUCCAGGGUGGAAUUCAUGUGGGCAGCGUCAAUGUAGCAGCAAUUGCCGAGCGCUCGCACAAUUUACUGGCUUUUGGCACCUCCAUCGGUACAGUCGAGUUUUGGGAUCCUCGCUCCAAAUCAAGAGUCGCCUUGCUUGCUGGUCAUGAUGGAGAGGUUACAGCGCUCGACUUUAACGAGUCUGGUUUAUCUUUGGCAACUGGGUCAAGUACUGGCAUGGUUCAACUUUUCGACCUCCGUCGGCCCACUCCCAUGCUGAGGAAGGAUCAUGGCUAUGGCUUCCCGGUACAGAAUCUGAAGCAUAUGACCACUUCGUCUCAAGAAAAGAAGGUCAUGUCGGCAGAUAAGCGCAUUAUCAAGAUUUGGGACGAGAAAGACGGCGAACCUUGGACGUCAGUCGAGCCCGCUGUCGACCUCAACGAUGUUGCCUGGUGCAAGGAUAGUGGUAUGCUUCUCACUGCCAACGAAGGUCCCCAACAGCAUGCCUUUUUUGUGCCUCAGCUUGGUCCCGCACCAAAAUGGUGCUCCUUCUUGGACAACAUGGUUGAGGAGAUGGCGGAGGAAGUCCGCACAGAAACAUACGACAACUACAAGUUCUUAUCGCUACCCGAGCUGAAGCAACUCAGCUUGGAUCAUCUAGUUGGAAAGAGCAACCUACUGCGGCCCUAUAUGCACGGUUACUUUGUUGCCUCCAAGCUUUACGAGCAAGCCAAACUUAUUGCAAACCCCUACGCGUUCGAGGAGGAGAGGACGAGGCGCGUCAAGGAGAAGAUUGAAAAGGAGCGCGCUAGCAGAAUUAGAGGCAGCAAAAAGGUCAAGGUCAAUCAACGAGUCGUUGACAGACUUCUCAAGAAGCAAGAGAACAGAGGCGAGGUCGAUACCAAGGCCGGAUUGCUCGGCGACUCCCGUUUCAGCAAGCUUUUCGAGGACGAAGAAUACAAGGUCGACGAGACCAGCCGAGAAUUUCAGGUCCUUAAUCCUAGCACCGUUGUCGAGCCUGACCAGCAGCCCGAUCCCAAGGCCCCCAAAAGAUAUCAAGCGAAGGACUCUGAUGAUGAGUCUAGCGAUGACGAAAUUCGCGCAGCUCCUAAGCAAACGGCCGACGUUACCAUGCGCGUCUCCUCCACACAAAACCAUGGACGACCGCUCAAGGACACCAGUCUGGGGUCAAGGCAAUCCGGGCCAGGCCGUCAUUCCAAAUCCCGCGGUGAAGUUGUUGGCGAUCGCGAAGUCACCUUUGUCCCCAAGUCAAAGAAGAAGCACCAGGAAGAGGUACCUGAAAAGCCACAAAGACAAUCCAAUGCCGGAAGGCGGAGUGCCAGCUCCAACACAUUCCGCAAGAUGUGA